AUUCACAAAUUAGUAUCGACCUGAACCGCAGUCGUCAUCAUUGAUAGUUUUGUGAAGUCGAUUGUUUAUUCAUCCUGAUACGCACUUAUAUUAGAUUUCACUACUAGUACUAAAUUUUUCGAGAAACCUGAAAGAUUUAAUUUUGCAUUUAAUGAAAGCAUUGCUUGUCUCGCGAAAAAAACUAAAAUCUUGUAGAUCAUAGUAGCUUAAAUAUUCGGAAUGAUUCAUAGUGAUUUUUCUUGCCUUUAAUUGGUGUUUUUGAGUCACUUGUGAAAAAGUGCAACCGAAACCGGUUUAUUGUAGGCGAAAGGAAGUAACACAAUGAACAACACCAGCAAUAUUCAUCUUCUCUGCGUAUCGGAUCCACAGCAUGCACUCGCGGUUAGUUUGGCCGACAAGAAUCUGAAAAACUUUCAGUACGCUCUAAGUAGUGGUGCCGAUCCGAAUGUGCGUGAUGAUUCUGUCGGACUCUCGGUGUUCGAGCACGCCUGCCAAACUGCCGGGUCAGCUAAGUUUAUAUUCGAGUGUCUGAAGCACGGUGCUGAUUCACAGCUGCCAAAUAUUAACGGAAAAUAUCCGAUUCAUCUGGCGAUAGCGUCCGAAGAUCCAGAUAAUAUCCGUACAUUGUUGGAUACGCCAGGGCUAAACAUUGAUGUAGCAUAUCAAGAUCAAACACCUCUGCAUCUACUAUUCGAUCGUCUAACUAACAACAAUUGGGAAAACGUUUUUGAUUGUGUGAAACAAUUCAUUCGGAAAGGAGCAGAUGUAAAUAUUCCUAAUAGUGACAACCGAACGGCAAUCGGGGUUCUUGUAAAGAAUUCUAAAAACUGGCAGAAGAACUCAGAGUAUUGGAGGAAAGAUAUUCUUCAAUAUUGCCUAAAAUUCGCUUCAGUCGAUGUCGAUUCGUUCCGAAAGGGCGAACUGAGAAAGAAAAUCGUUGAGUACUUCCCUGAUAUUACAAUUCCGGACUUCACGAUGGAGACGAAUCUAGCAGUUCUGAUCUCUCUGAUCAAAAGCCAGAACGAAAGAAAGUUCGACUUAGCACUGAAACAAUACAAAGACAAGCAAACAGAUGAAAAAGAGUGGCAACGAGAGUUUAAGGAACUAUUAAAAGCCGCUGUUCAAACUGGAAAAUUGUCUCUGGUAUCAAAACUAACACCAGAUUAUUACAAAUUUGACGCAGGAUCCGAUUUGCCCGAGCUGCUGGCAAGGUGCUGCAAUUACGGUUUCCAUGAUAUAUUGUCAUUUAUUUUGGCAAGAACUGGACACGAUAUAACGGAUGUUAAAUCGAUAAAUUCGACUCCUUUGUUGUCACUGGUUGUCAAGGAAAUAAAUACACUCAAAGACAGGGAGAAGUGUCCAUUUUUCAAGUGCCUGAACAUUCUGCUCGAAGACGGUCGUGUGGAGAUCGACAAACAAGACGAAAAGGGAUUUAGUGCAUUACACUAUGCGGUCAAGUAUAAGGUUGAUUCUGCUGUGGAAUUACUGCUAUCAAACUCAGCUUACAUCGGAGCAGUCAACAUGUUCAAAGAACUGCCUAUUUGUGAAAUGCACCCAGAGACUCUGGAAGAUUAUUUGGACUCCUGCGUAACAGCAAACGAAAAACGUCCGGGAGAUGACGACUACGAAGUAAACAUUGAUUUCUCCUGUCUGGUUCCUCCUCAUUUCAAGAAGAAUUAUACUGGGGGCACCGACACUCCAAACAAAGCCAGUGAUGAAAUGUUACCGAUUGUUUAUAUGGCAAACUCUAGUGAUUUGAAACAUUUGCUGAAACACCCUGUGAUAUCCAGUUAUGUGCUAAUCAAAUGGCUACGGCUUAGUCUCUACUUCUAUAUCAAUUUAGUGAUCUGUACACUGUUCUUUUUGGCCUUUACAUGCUACAUAGUACGAUGCUACGGUCAAGAGGAUGUGGACCGAUGGAUCAAAGAACUACUUCGAAUAAUUUGUUUACUUGGAACUACCUACAUGGCAUUAAGGGAAAUUGGCCAAAUGAUGUUGCACGUGAAGAUGUACUUUGCUUCGAUAGAAAAUUGGAUGGAAAUUACACUAAUAAUAGCAUCCUACACUGUGUUGCUGAAAGAGUUCCAAAGUGAAGCUCGACAAAUAAUAUCCGCCGUGGUUAUUCUUCUAUCGGCAGUCGAAUUCACUCUACUGGUUGGAACGCUUCCUGUUCUAUCGAUAUCCACCCAUAUGGUAAUGCUGAAAACUGUUUCGAAAAACUUUCUGAAAAGUUUGAUACUGUAUUCCAUAAUACUCAUCUCGUUCGCCUUUUGCUUCUAUACGUUGUUCAAUGUAAACAACGCUGGAAACACGAGAAGUUCGAAUUCUACACCGAAAGAAGAAAAUGACGAACCACAAGAAGAGGAAGACAAGUUCAAUACAUUUGCUGGUAUUGGCACUGCGUUGCUUAAAACAGUAGUCAUGUUAACGGGUGAAUUCGAAGCAGCCAACAUAAAGUUCCAGAUAAAUGGUGUUAGUUAUCUGAUAUUUUUACUAUUUAUAUUUUUCGUUGCCAUUGUGAUAUUUAAUCUAAUGAACGGGUUAGCUGUUAGUGACACAGCGGCGAUCAAAGCGGAAGCAGAACUGAUAGGACUUUCCCAAAAAGUGGAUGUAAUCUCAAAAUACGAAAACGCUUUGAAGUCACCAAAAACCAACGGAGUAUUAAUAAAGCUGAUAUUCGUCGUCUUUCCGAGAACUUUCCUGCAACUAUUUCCAGACUACCUGCCGCUGAAUUAUGUGAUAGUGGCGCCGAACCAAUCCAACACCAUAUUUAUCCCGAGACCUCAACCAAGAGGAGAUGCUGAAUCCGUAAUAGAGGUGGAGAGUCACAUUGAGCUGCUUCCGAGUGGUCCUCGUAGCAAUGAAAAAUUCAAACUGAGCCUCGGAUGCUGCAUUCUGCCGUCAAUAUCGAAGAUGGAUAAUAAAAUUAUGAAGUAUGCUAAGGAAAUUCUGCAUUCUCGAAACAAACGAGGGCAUGUGAUCGAUAAAAUACAACCGCUGGAGAUGAGAUUAUCGAAAAUUGAAAGCAAUAUCGAAACGAUAUUACAGUACUUGAGAAGUAAAGAAACGAAAUAACUUUUUAAUGCACUACUCGAUUCCUACAGGACUAUACUAAUAUUAUUGUUAAGUUUCUCGAAUUAGCAGCAAAUGCUUUGCAUUAUUUUAUUGCGUGGCAAAAUAUGUCCAAAACAGAUUUGAACAUUUAUUCUGUAUUUAUUGGCUUUUGCCAAACUAGUUCCCCUCACAUAGAGUAAGUACUGCAAAAGUAACAUGUUUGUAUGUGAUUGAUUCUUCACUCUUCAGAAUUAUUGUUGUGACUAUUUUCACCAGUAACACCGAACAUGUUAAAUAAAAAAUGAUGUAAUCCA